AUGACUAUUCCCAAGGAUAUCCUUGCCGCGAAGGCGGCAGGAAGAAUUCCAGAUGGCAUCUCUCUUGAAUACCUCGCUCAAUCUCGAAACCAUCCUGCCAUUGUGGGCAUCUUAUUCGUGGCCUGCUUUGCGGCCUUCAUUCUACUUCUACGCCUUUACGCAAGGGCAUUUCUGGUAAAAAGACUCGGACUAGACGACUGGCUAGCGGUCCUGACCAUGCAGGUUCGCCUUGACUGUGGCGUAACUUUUUACGGUUUACGCGGAAUGGCAACUUACAAACGCCUUCACAUCCAGAUUAUUUACAUUCCUUUCGUCGUUCUCUGCAUCGUUUUGAUCAACUUGGGUAGCGGUCGGCAUAUUGAGUACAUUCAGUAUGUGCUUCCCCUUUCGACAGUCCGCCAGACAGAGGUUCUCGAUUUUGUCGCACACAUCUUCUACACAACGGCCCUCUUCCUCUGUCGCCUCUCCGGUCUUGCCUUCUACUUUCGUAUUAGUGCACAAAAGAGCAAACUUCGUCUCGCCAUCAUAUUUGUCGCCUGUCUCAUGUUCGGCGCAUAUUUGCCCCAACUCUUUCUCCUCAUCUUCCAUUGCCUCCCUGUGACGGGUCUCUGGCCCUAUGAGUGGCAGACGGAGCCGGUUUCUUAUCAAUGCAUUACAUGGGGUUUGGUCUACUCUGUCAACUCUGGCGUCUCUCUUGCAUGUGAUGUGAUGAUGUUUAUCAUUCCGGGAAUUUUGAUCCACAGGCUGCACAUCUCUUCAAGGCAGAAGGUUCAGCUAUCUAUCGUCAUGUUUCCCGGUGUCCUUGUUAUUGUCAUUUCCGCUAUCCGCGUAUGGCUGGUUGUGGAGGGUCAAUGGGCCACCGAUGGCAGCUGGGCUUACAAUCCCAUGUUAUGUGUUGAGAAUGCAGAAAUCUCCGGCACUCUGAUUGCUCUCUCGGUGCCUGCAUUGAAACCGCUCUUCGGAAACAUUUUCACCCACCUCAACGAUCUGACCCCCAGUCAUGGUCGCUCGCGAUUCACUACACGGCGAAACCAACCCAACCCAGUCAGCGGUGACGGUUCAGCAACGCGGGACGACAAGAAGCUCUUGAACUGGUCACAACGUGGCCAGGACAGUCACGAGAUGGUCCCUGCGGAGGUCUUUGUGUCUCGGGAUCCUCGUAUUCGAGGUUCUUUGAUCACGACACCGGGCAUUCGGGUAACGAACGAGGUAGAUGUCACUCGCUCCAAUACCGCACGAACACACUCCCGGGCGUCUUCUGGAAGAGCUUCGAGUUCUUCUGCGCGAGUGCACACGCCGCCCCUCCUCUGA